CCCGACCUUGUGAUCCCAACUUUUCUGGCUAAUGUGUUACAACAAAUAGCCAACGCGCCAAUGUUUCAACCACCUCCACCACCGCCACCUCGAGUAAUAACCUACAAAACUCUAAGGGAUAACGGUGCAGAAUUAUUCCUUGGGGAUCGCAUCGGUGAACCCCAAAUUGCGUGGGAUUGGAUCGAGCAGACUGCUCGAGUGUUGAAGGAUCUCAACGUACCUCUGGACAACUACCCGCGACUGGCUUCUCAACUGCUGCGCAAUGAAGCCUACGAAUGGUGGAAGAGAACCGAUGAGAGUGCGGGAACCCCUAAGCCGUGGACAUGGACACAUUUCGAUUGGGCAUUCAAGCAAGAAUACAUUCCGAAACGUUUUAGUGAGGAAAAACGUAAGGAAUUUGUGGAGCUGGAACAGGGAAACAUGACACUCCCUGAAUACCGCCAGAAGUUCACCAAACUUGCAAAGUUUGCGCCAACCUUGGUGAGUACCCCAGCCGAUCGCAUUGAGGAAUUCAGGACGAAACUUCGACCUGACCUGAGGUCACGUGUGUCCGUCUUAACCACUGUGGACUUCGCAGAGGCCUACGAGAUCAUAGCCAGGGCGGAUAGUGACCUGAACGCUUGCAUAGAGUACCUAAAGGCAAACAAUGCUGGCCCAAACACUCACCAUCCCAGUAAUUCUGCCUCAAAAGGAAAAAGGCCCUUCCAGGAAUCUAGUAAUUCACAUUUCUAUAAAAAGGGAAAAUCUGUGCAAACUCAAUCGAUGGCAUCCGUUGAUAGAUCCAGGAAGCGAAAGUAUCCUGCUUGCGAACACUGUGGAAGGAACCACCCUGGAGAGUGUUGGUUGAAACAAGGGUUGUGCCUUGGCUGUGGAAAACCAGGACAUUUCAAAAAGGAGUGCCCUACAAACCCUGGAGAACCAUUUCCAUCUGCUCCUGUUGCUAGCCAAAGUCAGGCAGCAAUUUCAAUUCUCUUUUCCACCCUGUGCAGAGACGGAGACCCUUACAGGAACUGGCCGACGACGAAGUGCGGCAAGUGCGACGAUUCUUUUUAUCAGGCACUCAUAUAAGGCACUCGUACAAAAAGAAAACUAGGUUAGACUG